AUGGGUUCCUCUCAGUCUAAGCCCACUGCAGAGCAGGUAUUGCACGAGAAAGCUGUCUUGGAGCGGGUUCAGUCCAUGGACCGCGACUUUCUUGACGGCAACGAUGUCGAGGAAGAGUUUGUUCACGUUGACAAUGAGGUGACGGAAGACGCACGCUUGAGUCGCGUCGCCGAGGCUCUGCCGGUGAAGCUUCUCGGUUCAUGGCAGUCCAGGGUGCUCCGAGACCCAAAGAACAGGCUUGCACUCUCGGCCCUCAGUUCAGCCAACCCGAUGGAGGUAUUGGCGUCACGCUCGACCAAGAUUGCUGAUCAGCACGUUUUUAAUAUCCAGAUCCCGCUCGAGGGCGGACCGAUCACGAACCAACGGUCUUCAGGACGCUGCUGGCUAUUUGCGAGUACCAAUGUGUUUCGUGUUGCACUGAUGAGAAAGUACAACCUCGACUCUUUUGAGUUGUCACAGGCCUACCUCUUCUUCUGGGACAAGCUGGAAAAGGCCAACUAUUUCCUCGAGAAUGUCAUUGACCUGGCCGAUGAGGAUCUCGACUCCCGACUUGUGCAGCGCGUUCUCGCGGACCCCGUUAGCGAUGGUGGCCAGUGGGAUAUGGUGUACAACCUCGUUGACAAGUACGGGUUAGUGCCACAGACACUUUACCCCGAUAGCUGGAACGCAAUGAAUAGCCGUGGCAUCAACUAUAUCAUCGUGGCAAAGCUACGUGAGUAUGCCGUCACAUUGCGCAAGCUACUCAAGUCGCCCUCGGUGACGGCGACGGCACUCUCGGCGGCCAAGGAAAAGAUGAUGCGCCAGAUCCACCUCAUCCUCACCCUCACGCUCGGCCCGCCACCCAGCGCGACCGAUGCCUUUGACUGGACCUUCAAGGACAAGAAGGGCCGGGUGCGCACCGUUUCGAUAUCCCCCAUCGAGUUUGCCCGGGACAUUGCGAGCCCCGAGCUCCGCGCAGAGCUCCGCAUCACGUCGUCGACCAUUGCCGGCAUGGUGUCGCUGGUUCACGAUCCGCGGCACGCGCCCCUGAGUCUCUUGUCCGUCGACCGGCUGGGCAACGUGGUCGGCGGGCGCGGCGUCACCUACAUCAACGUGGAGAUGGCGGCGCUCAAGGGGGCCGCGGUCGACAUGCUGCGGUCCGGCCUGCCCGUCUUUUUCGGCUGCGAUGUCGGCAAGUUUAGCGACCGCCAGGGCGGCGUCAUGGACCUGGACGUGGUCGACUACGAGCUCGGCUUCAACGUCGGCAUCCUCGGAGGGGCGGGCGCCCUCGACAAGGCCGACCGCCUGCGCGUCGGCGAGUCGGCCAUGACCCACGCCAUGGUCCUCACGGCCGUCCAUGUCGAUGAGCGCACCGGUCAUCCCGUCCGCUGGCGCGUCCAGAACAGUUGGGGAGAGGACGUGGGAGAAAAGGGCUGGUUCGUCAUGAGCGACGCCUGGAUGGACGAGUUCACAUACCAGGCCGUUGUGGACUCGCGGUUCCUGACCCGGGAGAUUAGGGAUGUGCUCAAAAAGGAGCCUAUUGUCUUGCCGCUUUGGGACCCUCUCGGUUCGCUUGCAUAA